AUGGCGGAGAACGACAAGUUCGAGGGGUCGGCGCCGUUGGGAGAAGCCGAAGAGGCGGCCGCCAACGACCACGAGCGGCAGCAGGAUGGAGAGGCGGGCGGAGCCGCCAGGCCGGAGAGCGGCGACGGCGCCAAUGGCGUCAAAAUGUGUGUGUCUGUGAGGGAGAAACGGGGCGGGGCGGCGGGCCAGGCCGGGAGGGGGGCGUGGGCAGCCCGCCCGGACCCGUUACCUGAGCGCGGGGAUUCGGGGGGCCGCGCAGGCCUCGCGCCGGGCGGGUUUUGGUUUUUUUUUGGGGGGAGGGGUCCCUGCGCCAUGGCGGGGUUGAGGCUUCGGGUUCCCCUCGUUAGUAACAUACCCGGCAUUGUUGGAGAGGGGCCGCUUGAUGGGUGUGUUAUGUGUGUGAGUGGGAGGGACAGAGGCUGGCUGGGCUGCCUGCGACUUUGGGAUGGAAGAAAGGCAAGGGUAGGCCGUCGUUGUGUUUCUUAAGCAGGAACAGGGAUGAGGAUGAUGAUGAUGAUGAUGGAGCAGUUAUUAUUAGAUUGGCUCAGGGUAUAAGCUGCCACAUGAUGCGAUGGUGGCUGCACAAAUGAAAGACCAUAAAAGGAAAACAAAAGCAACACGGUUGUAGUGAUAAAGAAUAACUACGAGUCGGAUUCGUGAAAGGUGAAGAAAUGGAUCGAGAAGAUUCAUGAAGGGCAGAACCUUGUGGGAAUGGGGUGUAACCCCCUGCGCACACUUUACCUUGGAUGAAACUCUGUUUUCGCUUUAUGGGGCUUAGUUCUGAGUCAACAGGUACAGUGUGCCCUUUGCACUCUUAGUUGGUUUACAGCAAGGAGUCCCUUUGCACCUUUGAGAUGGGCAGCUUGUUUUGUGGCAGAGGCCUUUUGUGGACUAGGACCCACGUUUGUUAUUCCAGGUUGUCAAGAUACGCAACAAACAAGGCCAGUGCCCACCAAAUGCAAGAGGAUACAGUCUGUGACAUUGCUAUGCAAAGCCGCAACAUGUAUGCACAAGAUAAGCACAGUAACUAUUCACAACAAGAGCAAUUGGUGUGAUAACACCAGUCUAUCAGUGUGUGUUCUUGUUACUAGUUGGUGAGUGUUAAAGGUCCUGCUUGAGAACUGCUAGGUCUGUCUGUUCCAAAGCAGGAGAAGUUUUGUUUUAAAAGAAACUUUAAUCUCACAUUUUCCAGCUUAUAAAAUUUGAAACCCUUCUCUUCCAAGGUCCUAAUAUCCCUAGGGUUAAAUUAAGAAACCUCUUGUCUGAUGGAUUAUUAUAAAUAAAUAGAAUUUGUGGUUUUUGUGUGCAUACUUUGUGACCUUUCCAUUCUCCUUUGGUGAUUAUGAAGAGCAUGGAGAAAGUGGCCCCACACUCACUGUAGUUGCUCAUUGUAAUAGAGAGGCAAUAAAUUCCACACAGACAGAAGAGCCUUUUCACAUACAGUCAUACCUCAUGUUAUGUUUGCUUUAGGUUGAACAUUUUCAGGUUGUGUCCUGCGGUGACCCAGAAGUACCGGAAAGGGUUACUUUUGGGUUUUGCCGCUUGCACAUGCGCAGACAUACAAAAUGAUGUCACGCACAAGCACAGAAGCGGCGACCCGCAAAUGUGGGUUGAGUUCUGUUCAUGUUGCGAACGGGCCUCCGGAACGGAUCCCGUUCGCAACCAGAGGUACCACUGUAUAUAGUUACUGUAUGGAAUUCACUAAAACAAGAUGUAUUGGUGGUCCCUAGCUGCAUUCAUUGAGGAUAAGGUCUACUUAAAGCUGUUGAUCAUGAUAGCUGAAUAGAACUUCCCAGUAUGGCAAAUACUAGAUCAGGCAUAGGCAGACUCGGCCCUCCAGAUGUUUUGGGACUACAACUCCCAUCACCCGCAGCCAAAAGGACCAGUGGUCAGGGAUGAUGGGAAUUGUAGUCCCAAAACAUCAGGAGGGCCGAGUUUGCCUAUGCCUGUACUAGAUGGUGGGGAGAAAUAGCAAUGAAGAGCCUUCAUGUGCUGGCCACUUUUGGAAACACAAUUCUAGACUAGAUGGACCAUUAGUGAGAAGCAGCAGGGGUCUUACUACAUUUCUUCUUAGCCAGUCUAUAACUGGUUGCUGUAAAGGAAUGCUUGGACUUCAGUCAAGUCACCUGUUCGGAUUCUCUGUUGAAAAAUGAAUCAAGUUAAGUUAUUUUUUCAAUGUUUAUAGGUGUCAUACUUGCUUUCUUAAUAGCAGCAAACUUUUUCCACUUUUAACUUAUCCUGGAAUGAUGUCUUCACAGAAUACAGUAUACCUUUCCAGGCUUUUAAAGAGCUGCUCAUCUGGUCAUAUAAUCUGGCAAGUAAGGGUACUGCAAGGCAGGGAACAUUCAGGUCAAAUGUUUUUGGUUUUCAUCGAAUCAUCAAAUUGGGUUUUGUAUAUGUCUUUUCAUUUAUAGUGUAUGGUGUGUAGUAUUUGAAGAUCGCAUAAGUGAAUAGUAAAACUGUUUAGAAUAGAAACUUUAUGGCCAGCCUUUUAGUAGCUAUGGUAUAUCUUUUUAUUGUCUGAACUUGCGUUUGACAACAUUAAAAGUGGCAAUACUGGGAGGAAGCCUUUUUUAAAGAAAGAUACGCAUGUCUUUGUAUCAUUGCAUUAUCUCAAUUCUUUGUUAAUUUUUUAAUUGAUUGAUGUUUUUAUGGAAGUAAUGAGUAUUAGGAUCCCAGUGAAAUAAUUUUUCUGUUCCUAGUUCAUAUUUAUUGUUUGACCUGUUCAGUUUUUAAUCCAUCAUAUUCAGCAUUAUUCAACAUUGCAGAAGUUCAAUAUAAUGAGACCUUUUAGGUUAAUAUUUUUAUUCCAUUAAACAAUAAUGUGAAAUUAUUUAAAAAAACCAAUUUUUAUGACAAGCCCUGGGCUCAGUUAAUUUGAUGGCCGGUGCCAUUCUUUUUUCAGCUAUCAAUGAUGGCAGUGGAGUUCGAAUUGAAAAGAAGACUAUCUAAAGGAAUGGCUAUAUCUCCAGUUUCUGUGGGGAACCCCCUGUGUUUUAUUCAGUUAUUCUAAUAAUACCACAUGUAAUCCUAUGAAUUUCCUGUGAAAUCUGUGAAUUGGUCCCUUUCUUGAUAAUUGAUUGAUUUGUGAUUGAUUGAUUUGUGAAGCUUUUCCAAUUGCACUUUGCGUAGGAAUUGAUUUUGGUAGGGAAGUUGUAGUUGUACUUCACCUUAAAUAUUGCCGUUUCAGAAUCCCGCCCCCCUUAUAACAUUUGUUUAGUGUUCAGCUAUCCCACAGUUCACCUUUGUUGGAUCACCUAAGAACUUUCAAAGUUGGUCCUAAUUGACCAUUAGAUAACAAUUGCAGUUCUUUUAGUCCUAGUGCUUAAAUUCCUCUGGAUUUUUCCUAGCUUGGUCUGGAACAGACCUGUCCAAAUUGUAUGGUCCCCUUAUCAAUCCUUUGUUGUUAUUUAGAAAUAUUCUCCUGUGAGUAGUUGGCCUUUGUGUGGGUUAGAGUGUACAGAUUUGUGAUUGUGCACUUUCAGGUGGAAAAAGUGUACAAAUUGACAGCGUGGAUAUGGGGCUAUGUGAUCGCCCUGUCAAUAUGGAUCAUUUUCAAAAGAUGUUGGAGAAAGUGAUUUCCAGGUGUUUUGUACACUGCUCAGGCUGUGUGUGCAAUUCAGCCUUGUACAUUAGCACCAGAAGUUACAAGCUCACAAACAUUUUCACAAGCCUGGUUUUUCCUCCUUAGAGGGACUGGCAGAUGGAGCACUCUGUCCCCCCCCUUUGCCAGUCCCCUCUACAACUGAAAAGCAGGCUAUAUAUAAAUGUGGUGGGUUGGCCCAGGGAGCAUAGAGCAGUCCCUGCCUCCACCACUAAACUGCUUGGCUUCCUUGUUAGGCACAUAUUCUGUACACCUAGCUUGGAAACUGAGCAGCAUGGUGAUGGAAAGAAGGAGCAUUCCUUCACUCCAUGCUCAUGUCCUGCUUGUGGACUAUGAACAGGAUGCCACACUAAAUGGUCCUUUGGUCUAAUGAUGUAUCAGACAUGGAUGUAUUAUUUUGGUUUCUGUACUUGACACAUGAGGGUUUUUGCCCUCCUCCACAGCUAGCAUGGAAACAGGAAGCUGCCCAAGGUCGGAUAUCUUUCUCCAUGGAGCCUGCUUCCUUUCUGUGGUGGGUGGGGAGAAGGGCAGUGGGCUGCUGGAGGCAGCUUGAAGUUUUUGUCUCUUCUGGCAGUCUGCUCACUUUUCUAGAUGAAAUUCAUUGCCACCCAUGGCAGCCAGUUUAGUGGUCAGAAACAUAACCAGCAUAAGUCUUCAUUACAUUGCCUGGGCACAUGCGUAGUCCCUAAGCAGAGAAUUAUCAACCUGGCAAAUAAGUGUUGAUGCUGACUGAUGUUACUAGAAGACCAUAAAUGUUGACAGGGCAAUGUAAAAAAUAUGUUCUUCAUACAUGUCAGUUUGGGCAUCCACAACCUGUACACCAGCAGAGAUUUCUGUUGCUGCAUUGUAUACUAAAGAAAGUUCCUGCUUUGUAAACAAGUGUUGCUCUCUUCAGGCAUUCUGAUCCUCUUAAGUGUGGCAAAACUGAAAUAGUUCCCUUCAUAAGAAACCUGAGUAACUUUCGACUGAGUGUGGUGGUCUUAUAUUGUCUCACUUGUGUAUUCUAGCUUGUAGAAGGAACUGCUGGUUUACUCCUACUGGAAAUGAAAGUAAAGAUAUGGUUGAGUGACCUAUGUGCAGUUCUAACAUUGUCUCUUAGUGAGGGAAAAGUGUAACACUCUGAAUACAUUAGGAUCUAGAUGAAAAUUAUUGCUUUCAUUUAAUCAGUCUGUCUAGUCAUGGAAACUGGACAGAGAUGCAAGCCAAAAAGGAGAGAAUCAUGGGCUUCAUGUGAUGCUACAUGCAUCUUUGCAUUUGCACAUGCAGGUUUAUUUGGUUUUUAAAUAGCAGCUGCAGGGAUCCCCAGUCCAGAUUGGGACCAUAGCACAGCUGGAUGAGGAGUCAACCCUUUCUUUCCUGUGCAGGAUCUUGCCAAAAUCAUUCCUGGGAAGCUGUUUUUGGCAUAAAUAUAAUCUUUUUUCAUGGGGGCACUUAGUCCCUCCCCCUUCCCACUCAUACUGCAGUUCCAAUUUUGGAUCCACUCCCAUGCCUGCUGUUUUAAAACAUAUGCACACAGGUGUGAAAGUAUUACCCUGAAUAUGUGUCAUUUGUCCCUGUGAUAGGUGCUACUUUGGGCUUUACAUUUUGUCAUAAAGUCUUGAUAGAAUUAUAUACUUAAAAGCAAACUAAUAUUCUUAUUUUUUUCCUUCCUCACAUGCAGGGAAAAUGAUGAAACGGGAAAGGAUGAGAGACCACCUGUGAAAUCAAAGUAUAUUUCAAAGCCUAAGGCAAUCCCGUCUCUUGGACACAGGAAUAGAUUCCAUCCUUACACAAAGGAGAAGGGUGCAGGCACUGGAGAAAAGAAGACCCUUAACCGUAACAGAGUAUUCAUUAGCAACAUCCCAUAUGAUAUGAAAUGGCAGUCUAUUAAAGAUCUUAUGAGAGAGAAAGGUAACUUGCUCCUUGCAGCUGGCUUCUCACAGGAAUGAGACAAACUCAGAUAUCUGGAAUACUGUGAAACACACAGUUUUGGUUUGUCCUUUUCAACUUCUGCUUGUUAUGUCUACUUUCCCCCUCUCUUUCACUGGAGACAUUUGCAUUGCAGGAUAGUAUCAGUAAACAAAUGAAGUAUCCACAGUCUCCUUCCAUUCUUGUAUGAUAGUAGGUAGCCUAGAGAAUAUGCAUGCCCUCAUGAACCUUUAAAGGGACUGCGUUAUGUCUAGGUGUAGUUCUGAAUAUAAGCAAAAUUUAGUGUGCUUUUAAAGUAUGAAUGAAAAGAUGUCCUUCAAAAGAUGUUUCUGUAUUUUUCUUGGUGGAAUCUGGCUGUAGAAUUCUCUGUCUGCAUUGUCACUUCUGCCAUGACUUGUCUGUCUGGAGCUCUAUAUCACGUUUGUUACUACAGUUGUAGUUUUUUUGAAUGCCCCAAACUUCUUGCCAUGGGCAUGUCUGGGGUGGAAGAAAUCCCAAUUCAUGAACUGUCAAAAGUUGGUUUUGAAUUAACUGGAAAAACUGAUUGCUUCAAAAUCAUGCAAAGAACAUUUGGUUUCUAGGCCUUAAAAAUAAAUAAAUAAAACAAACCUUUAACUGUGCUAGGUGUAUCUGUUGUAAGGUGACGUGACUUAUAUGAUUUGGUUUAUGCAAUGAAACCUUAGAAAGUGUGUGGCUUGCUGUGAAAUUUUUUGACUUUUGUAAAUUGGUUAUUCUAUUGAAGGCAACCUCUUUACUAUUUGAAGCUAUUCAGGUAGAAAGUCACCUUAAAACAGCUGUUGUUAGCAGGAUGACAAAUGUCACUGAAAGUGUUAUUGUUGAUGUCCUUAAUUGAGAGGUGAAGGGACUAUUUGUAUAUCUGAACUUGUUCACCAACUAUAUCAUACUGGCCAAAAUAUGAUCUGUAGUAUGAAUUAGGUUAAAUAUAGUUGUUUUUCUUUAGCUUUUGAGAAUGUGGCUGUUGCAUAUUCCUGAAAAUUAGCUAAAUUAUAUAGACCUUGACAGGAGGUAUGUUGGUCUGGUUUUGAUUGUUGGUGAAUAAUAGGUGCUUCUUCGUAGAGUUGUGCACAGGGACACAGCAAAGCAAGACAUUGGUGUUUAAAUGCAUUGUCUCUUGGUAUUUUCCCUUUGUAUGUCUUAUGUAGUUGGUGAGGUUACAUACGUGGAGCUGUUUAAGGAUGCAGAAGGAAAAUCAAGGGUAAGUGCCGUGGGCAAUCAUCUGCUAGAGGUUUAAUGUUCCUCAGCAGUUUUACUUUUGUUUAAUACUUGUACCAGUAAUUGGAAAGUAAGUUUCAUUUUUUUUCAUUGAUGUUAUUACAGACUGAGGUUUCUGUAUCAGAUACAGCUUUGUCAACUUUCAUAUAAACUGGUGUAGUUGGAUGCAAGGGGAAAGCUCUUUAAUAUGUGUCUAAAUAAAUGGCAUUUACCUAAUUCAUUUAAAACAGCAGCUCUCGUUAGGAUUUCUGGUGUGUUCAGAUGUGUUUUAAGUUGAGCAUUGGAAAAAUAUCAUUGAAAUGAUAAAUUAAGUGUAGCAUUCUAAUCUGAGGCUUGAGUAUAAACAUAUGUUUUGAUGAGCCUAAAAGAUUGCAGGACUUCUUCUGGAUUAUUGAACUUGUCUAGGUCUUUUUAAAAAUGGAAUGGAAGGAGUUGGUUGUUAGGCAGUGGAUUGCCAGCAAUGAGGGAGGCAGUUCAGUGCAAAGAAUGUUAAAAGCUGCUUUGUGUCUGUCUUCUUAAAAAGGUCAAACGUUCAAACUAUAGUAAGUCUGAGCCUGCUGUGUGAACAAGAGAAUGCAGGUUUGACUUGAACGUAAGCAAUUAAACCUGUUGGGUGUCUGGUUUUUUCCCUUUGAAAAUUUUAUUUAAAUGCUUUUUUUGUUCGGCCUGUGGGAAUGUUUCAAAAAAUAAAACAAAAAUAGACCUAAACUGGUUGCUUUAUUUUUAUUGAAUAGUAGUGCUGAAAAAAAAGCAACCAAACUGCUUCUCCUAAAAACUGAAAUAUGGAGAAGAUACCAGCAGUUGUUAAGUAAUAUAAUUGCUGUCAUUUUUCUGGAAAACCUGAGUAUUGCACUUUAAGAUAAUCAUCCACUUUUGGUUAUCCUGCUCAGUUUUUUCCUUUAGUUGGUCAUGGGAAUUUGUAUAUCAUUUUCACAUGCUAUUUCUGGUUUGGCUAAAAAAAAUGUCAAGAGUUUUAAAAAACUGACCAUCUGUGUCUAUGUAACUAAUGUUAAAUAAAUAAACUUUGUAAUGUAUAUGCAAGGUGGUAGGAGAAAUAACUAGCUUAAUGUUGCUCUUCCCACUCCAAAACUACAUUCUUCAUUCAGCAUGUCUAUUUUUGUUCAGUUUGUCUGAAAUGUUAAAAUGCUUCAUUGCAACUGCAUUUACUAAAUCAACUUUAUUUUUUCCUUCUUCCAUGUUGGCAAAUCUUCACAUGGCUAUAGGGUUGUGGGUAAGUGUUCCUUUGUGUUUUUUCCUUUGUUUUCCCCUAGUUUUUUAAUGUAUUUUAAUAACAAUUUUAAAAGUUCAUCACACAAACCAAAUCAAUCAUCAUUAUUUUGUUUCAUCCAGUGUUGUUGAAUUCAAAGAUGAAGAAUUUGUAA